GUCAGAGCAACAGCGUGGCUGGGAAAAGAGCACCAGGAGAGAUGGAGCAACUGAAGAGAAAGCAGCACAAGGACCAAGAGGUCGUGUGUGAAGCUUCCAGCUCAGUUCCUUUGCGAGGACACUGUAGAAGAGGAAGGUCUCUGUGGUGUGAACUGUGGAGAAGGAGGAGCUGUUGAUUUUCCCUGAGCCAUCACACACUGCCUGGCUGCAACCUCCUCUGCAGAAGGCCCUGCUGCUGUCCUGGCUGCUGUCAGCCCAAGAGGAAGCCUUGAAGGCUCCUGCCCCUGCAAGGCCAAGGAUGUGGCUGUGGAAAAGGACUUACAUGGCAGCACGUUCCACCAGGGUCUUGAUGAGCUGCAGGAGCUUUCCAGCUAUGUCUCCAAUCAGCUCCUGAGGACAAGAGGAGGAUUGCUGUCAGUGUCCCCUGGAGCUGACCUCCUCCCUGCCCACAAGGCCCUCAGCUCUAGGAUCUGUGACUGUCUCCAGAUCUCUGCUGACCCCUGCUGAAACAGCGUGCCUGAGAGGACAGCAGGAGGGAGCCUACAGAGCCUGUCCGGGAGCUGCUGGGAGCAGUUUCAUGUGCAGGGGUUGGAACAUGGCAGAGAAGUUGCAGAGCAUUCCCUGGGCGGGUGUUGGCCAACUUGCAAGGAAAGAUGCAAAUGCAGCAUUGCUGAGCAACUUUGAGGUCUUCCAGUUACUUACUGACCUGAAGCAGCAGCGCAAAGAGAGUGGAAAGAACAAGCAGAGCUCUGGUCAGCAGAAUCUGAACACAAUCAUGUAUGAAACACUGAAGUACAUUUCAAAAACACCUUGUAGAUACCAGAGUCCUGAGACUGUGAGAGACUUCCUCAUAGCAAUGAAAGGCCACAAGCUAACCAAGGCAGAAAAGCUGCAGUUGCUUAACCACCGGCCUGUGACAGCAGUUGAAAUACAGCUGAUGGUAGAAGAAAGCGAGGAGAGGCUGACAGAGGAGCAGAUCGAGGCCCUUCUCCAGACAGUCACCAGCAUUCUGCCCGGGGACCCGGAGGAACAGCAGAGACACUCAGCAAUGGCAACUGAAGACAAAGGUGACCAAGCCUAGGAGGCAUCUAGACCACAGCUGGCAACAGUUUCAACAGAGAAUCAGUUAGUAUUUUUCUGGUUUUUACUUGGUACCAGUUUAAUCUUGUAUUGGACAUGAUUGUAAAAUAUAUUACAAUUUUUAUUGCUUUGAGGUGAUGAGGGAGCCAACUGUUUACAAGGAGGCAUGGAAAAGGACUCUAUUGUUUUGGCAUUUUGUCCUAUAUAUGGAGAUUGCAGGAACUGAGUUGGUAGAGUGGCAGCCUGAGAGUUUAUGAGGCACAGAAUCUGAAGCUUUUGUGUCCUUCCUGUUACCCUUAUAACAGCUGUACAUUGGAAUAGGCUUAGAUACAGCUGGCAGUGUUGUAUUUAUCACAGUGGUGCUAUAAUUAUAAUUGCUUUCAUGUGCUUGUGAAUUGCCCAACUGGUUUUCAGAACACAGUCUCCAGUACAAAGCCAACUUCUGGAGCUGUUUGCAGGGAUCAGUACAUGGAUUAAUGCACAAGAGCUGCUUGGUAUCUGGCCAGAUAAUUUCAAGUAGGCUGUUGGCAUCUUGGCAGUGAGAGGAGGUGUUGGUAGGAAAGCUGCUCUCAGGGAUGUCUGAGGAGUCCCUGCUUGAAAAAAGGUCCAGAUCAGCUGAAUUAACCUAUUGCCACAGAAAUCAGCUGGGCUGGACCAGUUUUCACAGCAGUUGAGGCUCUGGACUCUAGUGUUAAGGCUCUUAGGAAGACAAAGAGAACAACAUUUAGGAGUGAGGUGUGUAUUUUCCCUUUGAACAUUUGUUCCAGUGUUCAUAUCUGGACAAGUCCCAGGCCUGUGAACGUGGUGUUGACUGUGGAAUACAUGAUUGAGUCGACACUGAAGUGAAGUCCUAAUCUGGUUUACAAGAAUGAGAAUCUGUCUUGUUUGAAGCAGAGUUUUUUUGUGUAUUGAACUUUUGUCUGAUUAAAGAUUUCAGAAUUGGUGUUGAAAGCAUUAUAAUAACCUUAAGAUUAUAAUAAACUUCUUGUGGAUGUAUACAUAGACAUGCACAUAAUGUAACGUGUUACACAUGGCACUGAUUUUAUACUGCCUGCAGACCAUUCUUUUGUAAUUGUUAUAAUAUACUGGAAAUAGAAAUUAAGUUUGAAGUAAAUCCUGGGAAUUUUGUGGCUUAUAGAAAAUACAUAAGACCUUGAUUCAGAAUAUAUGACUUUUUUUUCCCCCCACACUUCUGUAAUAGUUUUAUUUUGUGUUUUAAUGCAAAGAAUUUAUGCAUUCAGGGCUUUAGUUGUGUUGUAUAUGGAAGGGAGUGAUAAAUUGCAGUGUCUGGGGGAUUUAUUAUAUCCAUUUCCCUGGUAUUUUAAGCUUCUUUGAUAUUUGGAGAGGAAGUGAACUUAUUGGAAAAUAUAUUUGUUACCUCUUAAACAUUAUCUUACAUUAAAUGCAUUUCAAGGCUGAAGACUGAA